GAAUUCUGCAGUGCUUGGAAGUGGAUCAUCCUUAUCCAGAGAGGAAAGAAAUAGGGUUUGGAAAAAAAUAACGGGCAUUAUUUUUUUCCCAUCAGUGAUUUUCACUGUUUUAAUCAGUAAAGAAGAGGCACUAUUGUUCCAUGACAAUGGCAUAUGAAACGACUGCCGUCCAGGCUUUCUCAUGUCUUCCGCAUUCUCAUCUUUUAUUUUCAUUUUUAUUCAUGCCCCCUAAAAGACGCCGCGCCUAUUUCUGCCAAGGUACCGUUUGUUAUACUCGCAAAUCCGAUUUGCAUUCGGCAGGAUACGGAAAAUUUAAACAACACAUCUGCCCAGACGCCAAGCCUGGAGCCGUACAUUCAUUUCCGAUAGACAGCGUGGCUAUUUAUCAGAUGUUCGGGCCGGUAGAGACUGGAAGUCGAAGGAUCAAGUCCAUCAACGAUGCGCUAGGAAACAAGCGACAGGUUUUUCAGUCGAUAUUUAACCUGGAUCGAAUCAACUCACUGUGUACCCAGCAUGGUUUACGUUCGCGAUCGUAUCACCUACGAUCUUUUGGGCAUCGCUGUAACCACUGGGUCCUGUCUCCCCGAAAAGAGCCGGGCAGUGUCGACUUACGAAGAACGGAAAGAGCUUCCUAGCGAAGAAACCCAUCGACCGACCUACACGAAGUCAAUGCUCGAAUAGGUGAUCAGCUAUUGUGAAGCGAGUAUCAAAUCUCUCGAAAGCCGUAUCCGGUCAUCACAAAAAAAAUGCAAAGAUCUUGAAGAGCAAGGUUGUUGAAAUACGAUGUACCCUUGUGACAGCAGAAAACAAGCAAGCACAUAUCGAAACUCACAAGGCUGCCAAAAU